AUGGCCCUCUUCAGCGACUCUGAGCAGCGCACGUUUGGCCAGUUUCUCGACUCGUUCGAUUCGGGCCAGUCGCCCAUGCCGGGCCUUCCUCCGCCUCCUCCUCCGCCGCACACGAACGGGCACUUCGCGACGGGCGGACACUACGCUGGGGCGGGGAACGGCGAGAACGGGCACGGCGGAAGCUGGGACGAGCGGUUCGCACCUCCUCCUCCUCCAGUCACUCUCGGUCGCCCCUCAGCACCCAUCUCGAUCCCCUCUUCCGCUCCCGCGCUUUAUCCAACCCUCACCAACCACCCACUCUCCCACAUGCCCACCUACCACCCACCCGGCCCGUCUCUCUCGCCCGAAACGAUCGCCUCGCGCCCUCACCGACCGCAAGUGACCGAAUCGCAGAAGCGCGCGAGGAUGGAACAGCAUAGGAAGGACUUGGAGGAGUGGAUGAGUAAGGCCCAGCCUGUCGGCGCGAGUGAGAGGCCCCAGUCGCGAGCGACGGAGGGGGAUGGGGCGGAUGUGCCGAGUCCGCCGAAGAGGACGAGGUCGGAUGAGGCGGAGCGCCGGCGCGCACAAGAUCAGACGGGCGGGGCAGUCGCAGCUCCGGGUGGAACGGCGGGCGGACGAGCGGCAGGACCGGACAGGAUGGACCCGCUGGUCAUGAUGCUCGAGGCGGAACGUCGCGCCGGGUUCAGGAACGUCGGUAUCGCAGCGCCUGGUGAGGAAGGCGAGUUUGUCGCGGGUACGGCCGCAGGCAGGACGGGCUUUGCGCCCCCCGCUCCUCCGCCGUCGUCACUCUCCCUGCCGCCGUCAAUCCCGCUCUCGACUGCCACGACCGCGUGCACGUCGGCCGCACCAACGGCGGCUGUCUCGACUUCCGCGCCGACAAAGCGCAAGAAGCGUACAGCCGCCGCCGCCGUCAAGCAAGAAGCAGAUACCAACCCCGCCCCGUCCACCUCUCACGCCUCGUCCUCUUCCGCUACUCCCGGCGCGCCCGGCGCUCCGAGCGACGACAAUCCCAAUCCCGCGCCUGCGCUCACGCCCGCCAAUAUCCCUUCCUACCCUCUCCGCCCGCGCCCCAAGAUCGCUCGUCCAUCCGCCUCGAAAGCCCGCCGAGCCGGCUCUUCGACCUCUCCUCCGCCAGCCAAGUCCUCAGGCGGCGGUAAACCCGCCCUCCUCACCGCCGAGCAGAAGAAAGCGAACCACAUCGCUUCGGAACAGAAGCGUCGCGCGGCGAUCCGAGCGGGCUACGACGGGCUGUGCGAAGUCGUUCCUGCGCUUUCGGCUGCAGUGGCCGAGUUUGAGGAGCGCGUGAGGAAGGUUGCGGAGGUUGCGCAGGGGCAGGGUGGGAGGAAGGGGAGGGGUGCGACGGGGAGGGGGAGGGGAGGGGAGAGCACGACGGGCGCGUUGAUGGGUGGCAUCAGUGUCGGCGGGGAGAAGAUCGAUGGCAGGGCGGGACCGAAGAGCGAGGCGGUCGUCUUGAGCAAGACGGUCGAACAUCUCCGCACGCUCCUCACGAACCGCGCCACCUUCCUCUCGCAACUCUCCUCCCUCCACGCAGCCGCCGCAGCGCAGGGUAUCGCCAUCUCCGCACCAACAGCCGACGGCUACGGUCGCGACUGGGAGCAGAAGUGGGACGAGGGCAUGAGGGAGGAACUUGGCUUUGCGCGGGACGCCGAUGGUGUGAAGCGCGAGGACGUCGAGGAGGAGGAAGAGUGGGAGGAUGAUGGUUGA